AUGCGCAAGUAUUGUCAAAGCGCUGCUCUGCGCGCAAGUUCCAUCCGAAAUUCCGCACGCUCCACUGGCUACCGCACGACCGUUGGGAUUCGAACCGGCUUGGUCUGCGAGGUGCUGCACCUUCCAAUGUCCCCGCCCGAGCCCGGAUUGGAGAGAAUGCAGCCUUCGAUGGGUAGUCAAGAGAAAUCCAAGGACCAAGUCGAGAAGGGCCAAGCCCAAGGUCAAGCUUGCCAGAAAUCAUGUCUGGAUUCAUCAGUUCAACAAGAAACAACCGGAAUGAGGGGCAGGAAGCUCGGUCCUCUACGAACAGAAGACCAGGAUCAGGAAGGUCCUUCUACCGUGACGGACCUGGAAAACACACGAUGUAGCAUACAACGUACAUACCCACCCAGCAGAAGAAAAUGUACCACGGAAAAACAACCAGGAGGGAUGGAAUUGGAAUACAACAUUGUCGGGUUGGAGAAAACAAGGGUAAAGAGCCUACGCUACAGCGUUGGCUGUUGUAGAGUCAACACCUUCGUCAAGCGUCAAGGGGGGAAUGGUGAGGAGGGGAUACGGAAGGGAGGAAGGGAGGAAGAGGGGAGGAAGAGCAAGGGAAAAAAGGGCAAGGGAAACAAGAGAUAA